AUGGAAUUGUGCAAACUUAAGGAAGAAGCUCACAAGAUCUGUCAACCAACCUGCGUUGGUUAUUUGUCCGCCUACGAUGCUUGCUCAAAGCGUAUCGAGAAGUUGGUUGAUGACGAAAAGGCAAACUGUUUGGGUCAAUAUUUGGAAUAUAUCCAAUGUUUAGAUAAAUGUAAUUAUAAAAUGGUAGUAUUAGUAUAA